AUGAAGUGUGAUGGCGAUGGGGUAGAGUGCGUUGAAAAUCUAAAAGAUGGUCCCAAAUGUAAAGCUUUAGAUACCUACAUAUUUUACAAAGAUAAAAAUAUCAAGAUAAAUCUUUGCGAUGAUGAGUACCGAAUGGCAAUGGGUCUAACGGCAUCGCCAUGUAAUCCUAAAGGUCCAAAACAGACGUGCCGUUUAAUUGACGAUAACGAUGGCACUAAAUAUCAGUGUACGUGCCCAGUGGGUUAUACUCGCAAACUUAAUAAAAACGCUACUAUAUGCGUAAGCGGCAAGUUGGAUGUUUUCCAAGGAAAGCCGGUUUGCAAGUGCGAACCGCCGUACGUACGCAACAAUAUAACCUACCAGUGCGAGUUGGGUGCUAUUUGCGGAAAGGGUGGCACCGGGCGUCAAGAGUGUGACAAACGGAAAGCCUACUGUUUGCUCGAAAGAGGCGGGUACAAUUGUAAUAAAUGUCCACCAGGUACAUUCCCGGACACGUCGACUCCCACGAAAUGUGUUCCCGGUUGUCAGCAAAACUACCGCGCUGAAAAUUGCCAAGAAAUUAAUGCCGUUUGCAACCCGGCCGUGGGUCCGAAUAAACCCGAUAAACUAAGCGAUUAUUGCAUAUGUAAGCCUGGUUUCUUGAUGGACAAGACUAGACAACAAUGUGUAGCUACAAAAAUGACAUGGACAUUUAACUUGCAAGUACUGGACAAGUUCACGUCCGGCGAUAUUACUAAACGGACCACAAUCUACCUCGUGCCUAAACAAAUGCAGUUGCUAAGUGAGAUUGACCUUGCCAAAUACGACAACGAAUAUCAGGAUUACGAUGGCUAUUUCCGGGACUUUUAUGCUUCAAACGAGCUAAACACAGCCAUAGAGAAUACGUACUACGAGGAUGCUCUUAACGCCAAAUUACGCUGGGAUAUCGAAAAACUGGUAAAAACCAUGUUGGCCGAGCAGGACAAACGAUUGGUUAUCGAUACGCUCACCCUGCACACGGUAAAUAAAACUGGCGAUUAUUAUGAUUGCACAUUUUCGGUUCAAGGCACUAAAGAUACAAAGGAUAUGACAACAAUUGGCAACGAUAUAUUCAAAGAUAUUUGUCACCCCUUCCAACAUCCCAAAGAUUGUUUCGUAACGGUUACGAGCCUACCGGUACCUACCGAACCCAAUAUGAUUUUGUUCAACCAGGAUAACAUUUAUCAGUGUUCAUUAGAAUUAUUACUACUUGAUAAUCUUGACUAAAAUGAUCC